AGUGAGCUACUGUAUAGUUGCUUUGUGAAGGUGCGUUGAUGUGUCAUGGACUUACUUCAAUAUUUUAUAUGACGGUUUAUUGAAUUCGAGCUAUGGAGUACUUACCAAGGAACCGCGCGUAUUCGUAUGAUACUCGCUUGAUCCGUAUCAGCUGUUGUGAUGGUCGAGGCGAGAUGGCCAGAGACGAUGUCAUAGAACAGAUUUCCUUAUUCCAGCGGAAAUUGGAGAAAUAUGCCAAGAGUGGGGAAACUGAUAAGGUUUUGUACUACAUCCAUAAAUUGAAGUAUUUGCAAGUUACGGUAAAGCACUUGGAGGCAACUGGUGUUGGUCGUACGGUGAAUUCUCUCCGCCACCAUUCUGGUUUGGUUGGGAACAAAGCUAGAGAUCUUGUGAACAAAUGGAAGAAAAUGGUAUCGGCAGAGGAUUCGGAGGAGGAGGAGGAAGAGGAGGAAGAUGACGAUGUUGAAUAUGAUAGGAGAACAGAGGGAGAAAAUGAUGUUGUGUUGCGAGAUCAGAACGGUGAUGAUAUUGAUGAUGAAGAGGAAGAUGACCGAUUGCAGAUUGAAGAGAACGGGAGCGAGAGCAAUGUGCCCGUACCUGAAUACAAACCUACCCUGAGUGACCAUGAUAUUGGAGAUGAUUCACCUGGUGGAGGGAAUGACAACAGUUAUAACCCCUUGACAUCAAAAAUGGACUAUCAGUUGCUCAACACAGCUACACCAUCUAGGGAGUACCACCCAUCAAGCAUCAGGGUUAACAACUCUCACUGCAGUUCCCCAGAGGAUGAAGCCUCUGGAUGGGAAGAUGCCUCUCCAAGCACAUCUGCAGAUAGAAGGAUUGAGAGUAGCAGUAAAAGUUCCAAGAAGAGCAGUAGAGAGGAUAAGGAAAGACACAAAAAGAAAGAAAAAAAUCGUGAGAAGGAGAGGUCAAAAGACUCCUCGAGCAGUCAGGAAAAGGAGAAGAGGAAAGAUCAUAAACACAAAGCAAAACACAAAGAGAAAGAUAAAGACAGAGAGGAGAAGAAGAAAAGCAAAUCUCACAAGCAUAAAGAUAAGGACCGUCACGAGGAGAAACCUAAAGAGAAGAAGUCUGAAGAGAACGGUGAGAAAUCUAAAAGUGAUAAAGACAAGAAGAGAUAUGUGGUUAAUGGUUACGGGGCUUUAGAUCCUGGUGAGAGUAAAUCUUAUAGUGCAAAACCGGAAAGGGAAGUUGAGAGAAGAGACUCUGAGGACAAGCGUAAAGACAAGAACAGCAGUAGUAAUAGUAGUAGUCAUAGAAAAGAAGAGAAAAACAGAGAAAAGGAAGUAGUAAUGAUUCAAGAGAAAGAAAGUUCAGACAGUGAACAGGAAGUGCUAAUUAAAGAAAAUAGAGUUAAGGAUAGUGGUAAGGACAGAGAAAAAAGUAAACAUCAUGAUAGACACAGCUCAAAUAGUAGCAAAAAAGAAAAGUCAAAACACGAUCAUGAAAGCCAAAGAGAAGAAGAGGGGAAAAAGAAGAAAAACAAAAGAAGUAAAGAAGAAGAGAGUGAUUUUGGUGCUGCAUUAAUGGGCUUUGAUUCACCGUCGAAGAAAAAGAAGAAGAAAAAGAAAAAAGAUCGUAAGGAGAGAGAGAGUUCUGAUGACGAGCAACCGUCAUCCAGCAAAUCCCACAAGAGGACAUUGACGGAUGGGGAAAUUCCAGAGCCAAAGAAGCCCAAGCUAUUGGAAUCAACACCACAGAAGCUUCCCAAGUUACCAUCAUCAUUUAGUGGAGCAGUGCUAGAAUCACCUCUUCUUCCUGAAAUAACACCAAAUUACAAACCCUUACCCAGAUUGCCCAUAAGAGAAGAGCCUGCUAAUCAGAUACACAGCAAGAUGUCUGAAGAAGAGACCCUCAAUAUCAUGCUCCAGUCAAAGAGUGGCAGACGGAGUAAAAUGUAUUCCGGUAGAUCAACAGGCUUGCAGUAUGUGCCCACCUUAUAUGAUUCCUGCAUCAGAGUCAUGAUAGAAAAUAUUGAUGCAAUUGAAGCAACAGGAAAUAUUCCGUUUCACAUACUGAGACCUGUUUUAGAGCGAGCGACUCCUCAACAGCUCAAUAACAUCGAAGAUUUUAAUCCUUAUCUUUUAGAGGAUACAGAUCCUCUUUGGGAAAAUCAUUGCAAGAGAGAUUUCAGAAACAGAAGUUUAGAAGAUAUGGAAACUUGGAGAGAGCUGUGGUGGCGUUGCCACGAUGAAAGAGAAAAGAAGUUUAAGAGUUUGACGGAGAAUUUACAACAGAAAUUCAUCAGCCAAGCUGAACCCAAACGACAAAUUAAGUUAGCAUUUGUUAAUGAUGCUAUUAAAGUACCAAAAAGUGUUGCUAGGGCUCAGGCAAAGUAUGGAACAGGAAUACCAUCAGGCUCAGCUGUUAAACCAGGAAAAGCUAAUGAGGUUGCAGCCAGGAAAACUGCCAUGCAUAAUGCACAGCGAGCGGAGAAAGCAGCAGCUGCACCUCGGCCCACAUCAGCCAAGAACAAGAAGGUGGCACCACUGAUGGCCAAAACCCGACAGUUCUACAAAAAAGCGUUCCGUCGUUGAAGUUAUGUCAAUGCGGCAACCUACGUGUGUGAGAAUGUUUCUAACAGUUUUAUUUUUGUUUUCUUAUUUCUUUCCUAUUUGUCAUCAACAUCCCAAACCAAGAGGAUGAAAGAGUUAGUUUCCAUUUUUUUAUGAUUCCAGAGAAAAUUCAUGUUCCAGUUCUGGCACCAGAUUCAACAUAUACAGUAAUAUAUCUCCAAAAUAACAAUAUCAAUAAAAUCUAGUUAUGUUAUUAGAAGAUUUUAUUUCAUUUGCAUAAUGAGCUUGUGUACUCAUGAAAUUGAGUGUGUGUGUGUGUAUAUGUAGACUUCAUACUCUUAAAUGCAGUGUAAUUUUGACAAAAAGUUGAUAAUUAAGACUGCAUUAAAGAGAGAGUGAUUCUGUACAAAUGUUAUGAUGUAUGAUGUUAUCAUGCUAUGUAGAUAUUUUACCUUUCCCAGACAGUGACAUUUCAAUCAGAACAGUUGGAUUAUACCAAUAGCUUGGUCCGCUCAUAAACUUCAUCUCCAGAUUUUCCACAUUAUAUAUGACAAUAUACACAAUACAUACUGAUGUCUAUAUUUUACCUGUGUUCUUAUAAUUUAAAGAGAUUAUUGUAAAAACAUUGUUCGGUUAGAAAAUAUAUACAGUAUAUUGUUUUUACAACAUUUUGUGGAGGUUCACUGCUAUGCAGUGUAAAUAACUAAUUAGUUAAUAAAUUAGUUAGUGACUCUUCAAGUUAGGUAUUUGUAGAAAGAUAUAAGAGAUUUUGAAAAUAUUUAGCAUACAGUAUUUUCAUAGGAUUUAAUUGACUCAGGAUUGAGAAAGAUUUAUUUUCUUUAUUUCAUUCAGAUAUUUCUUGUAACUACAUGUUUCUCGUACAGUCACUGGAUCCCUAGUCCGUUUUGGGUGUACAGUAUAUUUAUUGAAGCUUUUGCUGUUCAUAAAGAAGUAGGGGGGUCAUGUUAUGUGGGUGAUGAAUUGUCUUGCUACAAAUAUUUUUCUAUGGAUGUUUUUAAUUCUGUGUUGUGAAAAUUUGGAAGAAGUUUUCUUCAUGACCUCAUAUUGGUGAGAUGAUAUUCCUUUCCUUAGUAGUAGGUGGUUGUUUGUUAAGCUUUAACUCCUCUCUUGAUUAAGCAGUCAACCACCUGUAAAAUUUAUUUCCAAUACACAGAUCUCAAAAUGUUAUCUUUAGCCCCUUUCUUCUCUGUUUUACUUUAGAUUUAUCCUUCAUUCAUAAGGUCCUUAAAUCUUGGAUAGAGUACAGUAUGUAGGAAUUUAGAAAAAACGGUUGAUAUAAUAAAAAAAUGGACCAUACUGUAUACUUAGAUGUCCAUGGUCAGGUGCUGUUUAGUUGUGCACCUGCCAUUUUUUCCCCUUCACAGAGUGACUCUUACUUUUGCUAUUCUUUUUUCUGCAUUGGUAUACUGUUUAUUAUUUUUUCUGUGAAACCUGCUAUGCUAUGAAUAAUGGUUAAGGGAGUGCUAAUAAAACUGAUCCCCAGCCUGAUUUGGGCACUGUUUUAAUGAAUGGAACAUUGCUGUAUGACCACUGUAUAUAAUGCCAAGUCAUCCAGUUCUGACUGUUGGCCUGCUGUAUUGAUACAAAACAGUUGUGUAAGUUGCCUUUAUUAUAUCUUCUUUGUUAAAGACAUAUCUAAUGAUAUGAACAAGCAGUCAUCACCUCUGUUGUUAAUCAUUUUCCCCUCCCUUCCUGGGGGGAACAUUUUCAUAUCUUUUGUAAACUUUGUGUAAUUAGGAAUUGUGAUUUUUAUGACUUUCAUGUGGUUGGAUAUUGUAUGUCUCAGGAUUACAGCAUGCCAUUUUGUGUUUUAAGGAACUUAUAGAAUCAUGCACCUUUUAGAGUACCCUCUUUUUAAAUAGUGUGCACUAGCUAAUAGUAUGUUCUAUCAUGUCAUAAAAAGUAAGUUGCCAUUUUUCUGUAGAAACUAUUUAUUUUCUCCCAAUUAUUUUGGACCUAAUAUUCAAUACUUGGUUGACUUCCUUUGUUAGAAACGCAAUUUCAAAAUCUCAGACUUGGCUAUUUAUCAUUCCUGUCUCUUAAUACAAAUGUAGUGAUUUCUCAACCCUGAGUCUAAGAAAAUGAGGCUGUGGCAAUUCAAACCUUCCCGCUUUACUAUUAAAAGUAUGUGAAUUUUGUAGAUUUUUUUAAUGUUAAUUUUUUGCAAAGGAAAAGUAAUUUUAGCAGAAAUAAACUUUUUUUUCCAUCUAGUUUUGUUUAGCAGAAAUAAAGAAACUUUUUUUUCAUCUAGUUUUGUUUCCAAAGGAAAGGAGCAGAAAUAAACAAACUUUUUUCAUCUGGUUUUAUGGGGUUUUACCCACUAUUGGAAUUCUCAAGUUGUGAUUUCCAAAUAUAUUGUACUGGUACUUUCUUUUAUGCACCUAUAUGAAGUUAGAUACUAAACAGGUUAUUAUUGGCAUAUAUUUUGCAUUUAGAAUAAAAGUCUACUAGUAACUUUUGAUGAAAUUGACAUUUUAUCCAUGAGGUUCUCAUUUGUGAAAUUUGUGUUUGUUAAUGGAAAUCUCAUUUGGUGACAAAGUUUCUGGCCAAGGUUUGAAUUCAUAGGUAGAGCUUCAUGUAAAAUGGGAGUUUUUGAUCGUGUCCAUCUUAUUCAUAGAAGUUUAUGAGUUAUUGAUGGUUUUGUAAUUAAAAGUCUUUCAUUGUGAA